AUGAAUAGCGAUGUUCUGCUACUUCUGGCACUCGACCCGGAAGUUCCGCCUUCACUUCGGCUAUGGCUGCUCCGUGUGCUGCAACACGCCGUGUGGCAGCGAAGUGACAGCAGCUCUCAGUUGAUGAGGCGUGUUCGUGGCAUCGCCGCUGUGUUAGCCGCGUCCACUACAUCUUACAGUUCGGCUGCGGUCCGUCGGCUCCGGGCAGAGAUGUGCAAGGAGCUGAAGACGCGGGUGCUGCGGCUGUUGGCUCCGGCGGCCACCGGGGCGGCGGAGCUGCAGAGCGGCCACACAGACGGUGCUGAAAUCUUAAAGUGCGCUGCUAAGGCUCUGAAGGAAGGUCACGUCGUCGCCGUGCCCACUGACACCAUCUAUGGUCUGGCGUGCCUGGCCCAGAACUCUGACGCCGUCAGAAGAAUAUACAGCAUCAAAGGCCGAAAUGGGCAGAAACCACUGGCGAUCUGUGUGGGAGAAAUCCAGGAUAUCUACAGGUAUUGUAAAGUGAAGGUAAAGGAGGAGCUGUUAGCAGAUCUGCUGCCUGGUCCUGUCACUCUGGUGUUUGAAAGGUCUGAAGUCCUGAACACAGAUCUCAACCCAUUCACCCCGCUCGUGGGCGUACGAAUCCCGGACCACGCCUUCAUGAGGCAGCUUUGCCAGAUGUGUGGGGAGCCGCUCGCACUGACCAGCGCCAACAUCAGCUCGCACACAAGCACUGUAGAAGUACAUGAGUUCCAGGAGCUCUGGCCCAGACUAGCUGUGGUGGUGGACGGCGGACCCAUAGGAGACCAGAGCCGCCUCGGAUCAACCGUGGUCGACUUGUCGGUUCCUGACAGAUAUCGCAUCAUCAGACCCGGCUGUGCCCUUUCGUCGACCGUCGACCUGGUGGAGCACAAACACGGACUGUCUGUGCAGUUGGAGGAAUGAGGCUCGACACAACGCAUGCUGAGACGCACAAGCAUCUAUAGGACCCAGACACAACCUUGGGACCUCAAGUCUUAAAGGCCAGGCUGAUUUUUGUUCAGGUGACUAAAGGGUCUGAAGUUUUUGAUGUAUUUUUAUGUACAAACCUUUUUAUUGUUUAAGUUUGACUCAUUGUUUAUUAAAUUAUGAAUCUCAUAGAAA